GUGCCACCUCGGCAGCGCCGCCGCUAUAUCAAUUUAAAUAUGGGCGCAUACAUCCCGUGUUAGGUCACAAAGGAUCCAAUUGGCUCAAGUUCAUCAGGGUGGAAGCUGUCACCUAGGUACACCUAAGAAAGAAGGGAGCUGGUGUGAUUUUACUGCGAUCAGCAUACAUCUAACAUGGAAGAAGAAUCGGUUUCCCCAAAGGAGGCAAAAAGGUCGCAGAAGAGAAAGCACAGAGAAGGGGAAAACUCGCCAACUUCUGGGAAGAGACAACUUUGUGAGCAGUCUACCAAUGUUAGCAAUACAGGCGAUGGAGGUGAAACCACAGAGGAACGUCACAGGCAUGCGAAGAAGUCAAAGAAGGGAAACAGUGUUGUAGAAGGGACUGUUACAGGAGACAAACUUAUAAAGCAGUCAAAGAAGCAUAAGAAAGAACACAGCACUUUAGUUUCAUUAGAAGUUGCAUCAGGUGAUACUAUCCCUGAGAAAUCCGAAGCUGCAUCUAGUAAGGGAAAACAUCACAGCAAGAAGGAUAGACAUAAGAGGGAAGUACAAGAAGGAGGAACAGCUGGUGAUUCAGUCGGUGCAACUUUGCCACAGAAAGACUCAAAUAAGAAACAUCUGAAGAAAGCAAUAAAAAAAAACAGCAGUCUUUCCAAAGAUGCCAAACUUAAUACACCUUCAGAUAAAAUCUCAUCAGUUAAUGGAAAUAAGGAGAAAACUGCACAGGAAGAGGAGGAGUUGGAGAAAGAGAAGAUAAGAGAAAAGAAAAGGCAAAAACGAAAACUGAAGAAACAACUGAAAGCGGAAGAAAAGGAAAAGGAAAAGGCUAAAGAAGGUCAAGGUGAACCACUAGCCAUAGAGUACUUGAAGUCAUUCACCUCAGACAAGGCAAAGUGGAAGUUCUGCAAAGUUCGACAGAUCUGGUUGCUACAGCACAUGUAUGAUGUCGAUAAGCUGUCGGGAAGCGACUUUGCUCUACUGCUGGAAUACCUGGAAGACUUAAAAGGUCAGGCAAGGUCCAGGACCGCAGAGGAGGCUGAGACUAUGCUACGCUCACUGGACCAGGAACCGGAGACAACCGGGGAGAACGAAGCUGUAGGUGUGAAAAAAGAAGAAAGUAAGUGGACAGAUGAACAGUUGGACCGAGCCAGACAGAUUGUACAGCUCUUAUCGUGACUACUUGUAUACACAGAUCUGUUGCCAUUUGUGGUAGAUCGAUGACCAUGUAUCUUAAUAAAGUUACAUUUUUUGAUUUUAUCUAA